AUGUGGUAUCAUUAUUGUUGCAAGCUGCUGGUGGAGGAAAUCCAAGGCGGUGGAACGCUUGAGAUGCUUCAUCUUGGUGAAAAAUUGAUCAUUGUUGGACUUUUUGUCCAGAUUGCAUUCUUUGGAUUCUUCAUUGCUGUUAUGGGGAAUUUCUUUAUUAGGUGUUCCAUGAAACCUGUCCAAGGUGCUAAAGCUCAAGAAUGCAGUUCGUCGUUUUGGCUCAAUUGGAAAUUUCUCUUGGCUGAAUUGACAUUGACAUCCUUGUUCAUCAUGGUACGAUCAAUCUACAGAGUCAUUGAGUAUCUCCAAGGAAAUGAUGGAGUUCUCAUCAGCGAUGAAAAGUACUUGUUCAUCUUGGAUUCAUCCAUGAUUUUCUUUGCCAUGGUGACAAUUCUCGUGGCUAAUAUCUCACAAUGGUUGAGCAAGCUGAGAUUCUGGCAAGAAAACGAUACUGCUCACGAGAUGUUGGGUUUUAUAAAGACUCCGUCUAUUUGA